AUUUAUGGGAAGAACAUUCGUAAAAAAUUAACCGAAUGAAAUUUCAGUGUACAUCAGUACCGUAAUUUUGUGCAAUUCUGUGGCCGCAAAAGAUCGAUAAUAGUGACUUUGUAUGUCCUUAAUCUACGGUUCAUGAUGGUUCAGCGUCUUCACUACAGACGUAGGCACACCUACAAUACCAAGUCCAACAAAGUCAAGAUUGUGAAGACACCAGGAGGUAAACUAGUGUACCACUACCUCAAGAAGAAGCCAUCUCCUGCAAGAUGUGGUGACACUGGAGUCAAGUUGUUGGGGGUCAUUGCUGCUCGUCCCAAGAAGCUGAUGUCCGUUCCUCGGCCCAAGAAGAGAGUGACCCGAGCCUAUGGAGGCUGCCUGAGUGCUAGUGCAGUCAAACAAAGGAUCAUCAGGGCAUUCUUGAUUGAGGAACAGAAGAUCGUACGGAGAGUUCUCAAAGCACAGCAACAGGCCAAGAAGUGAAACUGCUAAACACAGCUCUAGGAACACUAGCAUUAUUCUGCUACACACCUGCAAACAACAAUCGCAUUCGGUAAUGAUACAUGUUUAAAGACGGAUUACAUACAAUAAAGACAAUAUGAAGUGGAAAUAAGA